CCGCAGCAGCCGCGGCCAGAGAGAGGCAGCAGCGCCGCCCGGCUCGGCUCCUGCGCAACGCCCGGCCGCCUCCGUGCCCGCCUGGCCUCGCCUCGGCCGGCAGGUAUAUGGAGAGGAGCUCGCUGCUGCAGCUCAUCCAGGAGCAGCUUGAUCCCGAAAACACGGGUUUUGUUGGCGUGGAGACCUUUGCCAGCCUGGUGCACAGCCAUGAACUGCCUCUGGACCCUGCCAAGCUCGAGAUGCUGGUGGCACUGGCACACAGCAACGACGAGGGACAGAUCUGCUAUCAAGAGCUGGUAGACCUGGUCAGUGGCAUCAACAGCAAGAGAUCCAGCAGCUUCAAGCGGGCCAUAGCCAACGGGCAGAGGGCGCUGCCCCGCGAUGGCCUGCUGGACGAGACCGGCCUGGGCUUCUACAAGCGCUUUGUGCGCUACGUGGCGUACGAGAUCUUGCCGUGCGAGAUGGACCGGCGGUGGUACUUCUAUCAACACCGUUCGUGCCCCCCACCCGUGUUCAUGGCCGUCGUCACGCUGACCCAGAUCAUCGUUUUCCUGUGCUACGGAGCCCGCCUGAACAAAUGGGUAUUGCAGACAUACCAUCCAGAGUAUAUGAAGAGCCCCUUGGUCUAUCACCCAGGGCACCGAGCCCGUGCCUGGCGGUUUCUCACCUACAUGUUUAUGCACGUGGGAUUGGAACAGUUGGGGUUCAAUGCCCUCCUGCAGCUGAUGAUUGGGAUCCCCCUUGAAAUGGUCCAUGGCGUUCUCCGCAUCAGCUUUCUCUACCUGGCGGGAGUCCUGGCCGGCUCCUUAACUGUCUCCAUCACAGACAUGAGAGCCCCUUUGGUCGGAGGCUCCGGGGGCGUCUACGCACUCUGCUCCGCUCACCUGGCUAACGUUGUCAUGAACUGGGCAGGAAUGCGGUGCCCGUACAAACUGCUCCGCAUGGUCCUGGCACUGGUGUGCAUGAGUUCCGAGGUGGGUCGCGCCGUCUGGCUGCGCUUCUCGCCGCCGCUGCCUUCUUCGGGUCCCCAGCCCAGCUUCAUGGCCCACUUGGCAGGGGCGAUUGUGGGCAUCAGCAUGGGCCUGACCAUUCUCCGCAGUUACGAGGAGAACCUGCAAGACCAGUGCAGUUGGUGGGUGGUGCUGCUGUCGUACGCCACCUUCUUGGUCUUCGCCAUCUUCUGGAACAUCUUCGCCUAUGAUCUUCUCGGGGCGCAGAUCCCCCCUCCCCCGUAGACGCCGUCCCCGGUCCUCUCUGCAGCACCCACCCCAGAAGUGCCAAAAAACACCCCCCUGCAGAUGUCUCAGGGGGUCAGCCUGGCGCCGCAAGCGCGGGAGCCCGGAAGAAACGCCACUGCCGCUUCUCCGAUCCUGGCGGCCGGACGCCCAAAGUGGACCGUACGAGGCUCGCGCUGAGAAGCACAACGACGACGUGGAUGCUUGCCGACCCCGAUCCAAGCAGUGGUCCCUUUCCCCCUCUUCCCCGAAUCCUUAUGUACCCAUCUUCACCAGCAUCUGCGAAACGGAUGCCCAUCUUCCCCCAACCCCCCGGAAACAGAUGCGUGCAGCCAUGUUUCCUUAUUGGCAUGAGGGUUCCAGUGUUCUCUUCAGUAUUGAUCUAACCCCUCCUUCUGUCUGAGGCUGUGAGCUGCAGUCCACGACGGGUCACUCGGGCUGGGUAGGAGCCGGACCUGCUUAGCAUUAGUGAUGGAGCUGUAUCGGGGGCCUGUCUCUACCCUCUGUGGAGGGAAUCCCCUCUGGUGCUCACCCUGGGAAUUCCUUUGCUGCUGGCUUCCAACUCAGCCCCCUACUCUUCUGUGGCCUCUGGGGAGUCUCUAGCCAAAGGAGGGUUGUGGUUCUCAAUGGUAAAUGGGGAAACAGUGUGGGAUUCAGCCCAUGUGGAGGCUGCCCCUUUUGACCCAGAAAUCUUUCUGUCUCAUCUCUGAGCUGUAUCAGGGGCCAGUCAGGGUUUACCCAAGAGAGGAGGGAAAGGCCCGCACGCUGGUGUUCCCAAGGCAUAAUGUUGUGUUGCGGUGCAAAUUGUGUGCUGUUCACCUAGUGAGUUCUCCUGUGAAGGCCCAAGUGUGAACUCCAUGGGAUCCAAGCUGUUCCUUUUCCUUUGCUUCCCCCCCCCCCCGCUCCCCAAAUUGCCCUGUCUGUAUUCUCUUUCCCUUUGGAAACCCCAGCACUUGAGUCUGGAUGGUGCAGGCCCCAGCUUGGGCAAUUAGAAAGCCUGUUUCUUCGAUCAGAGGUGUAGCCUAGCUCAGAGGUCGCCUUGAUUCCCACAAGGGCCAGUAUUCUAUCCCUGUGUGCAGCCGUACAAUCUGUGUUGAGUUUAGAGUCGAGUUGGCUUGGCUGCAGCAGAGACACCCAGUGAGAUCGAAGAUGCUGCGGCCACGAUUUAACAUUCGGAAGCCGUGGCCCCCGUUUUAGUCUUUGCCUAAUCAACGAAGCCCAAAACUGAGCGUGACGUCUUGCCCAAAGGGGUCUGGACUCAGCCUGCCAUAAGCCGCUUUGGGUGGGGAUCAAACUGCAAGCUGGCUUUGAAGGAGGCCUGUGGGUGUAGCAAGGGGGGGGGUCCAUUUGGAAGGGAGGGGCAGCUGGGUUGUGUCGAGGUCCACAGCAUGAUGCUGAGUGGGGCUCGAUUCUGCCGUGAACGUAUGAAGCUGCCCUGUUGAGCGUCACACCUUUGAUCCAUAUUGUCACCUGAGUGUUGCCUACUCAGACUGGCAGCUGUACUGCAGGUUUUACAGGCAGAGAUCUUACAUAUCACCUGCUGCCAGAUCCUUUAACUGGAGAUGCCGAGGAUCGAAACUGGGCACUUCUGUACGCCAAAGCAGGUGCUCUCCCACUGAGCCACGGCCCCUUUGCCAGUGGACAAGCUCCGGCACGUAGCCAAAGAACACCAGGGGGUUGUGUAAUAGUAGGGCCCUGCAGUUGUCCCAUGUUCUGAUGGGCUGUCUGCAUGGGAGAGGUGAAACAUCCCGCCACAGGUAAGCAUGCUGUAGGAUGUGGGGUGGGGGGGAGGGAGAGUUCUUAGAAGCCAAUGCCCCACCUGGAUCUGAAAUGUGUAAUGGCGGCAGAGGAGGGAGAGAAAUAUGAAUAAAUAUUUUGCACACCA